CUCCCGCGACGCCGCCGCCCUCCCGGCUCCGCCAUGUCGCUGCCGGCCGAGGGGGAGCCGCGGCUCCUCCGCUCCCUGCGCGCCGCCGCCGCCGCCGCCGCCCACGCCGCGUCCCUGGGGCUGCCCGCGGGGGUGGCCGCGCUGGCCCGGCCGGGCUCCAGCCUCUUCUCCUGGCACCCGCUGCUGAUGGCGCUGGCGUUCUCGCUGCUGCUGACCCAGGCGCUGUUGGUUUUCUCCCCCGAGGCGUCCCCGCUGCGCUCGCUGUCCCGCAAGGCCAAGGUGCGGGCGCACUGGGCCCUGCAGGUGCUGGCGCUGCUGUGCGCGCUGCUGGGGCUGGCGCUGGUGGCCUACCACAAGGAGCUGCAGGGCAAGGGGCACUUCCACACCUGGCACGGCCGCGCCGGGCUGCUGGCGGUGCUGUACGCCAGCGGGCAGAGCCUCGGGGGGCUGCUGCUGCUCUACCCGAAGCUGGCCCGGGGCUGGCCGCCGGGGAAGUUGAGGUUGUACCACGCCACGGCCGGGCUGGUGGGCUACCUGCUGGGCUGUGCCAGCCUGGUGCUGGGCAUGUGCUCGCUCUGGUUCACCGCCGCCGUCAGCGGGGCCGCCUGGUACCUGGCCGUGCUCUGCCCGCUCCUCAGCAGCCUGGUGGUGAUGAACCAGGUGAGCAACGCCUACCUGUACCGCAAGCGGAGCCAGCACUGAGCCUCUCCCGUGAGUCCCGCAGCCCCGCGGGCCGUGCACCGGCUGGGACGUGCCCCAGAGCUGGGGAUGCCGCCGGUCCCCGGCCCUGGGCAGGGGAGGGUCGGGGAUCCCUGCUCCUUCCCCCUCCCUCCCUGUCCACGCUGCAAAUUCCCAUGCCGCGGAGUUACCUGCGGCGAGGUUUCGGCCUGGCGGGGGCCGGGGGGUGUUUUGCAGCCUGCCAGGGGCCAGCUCGUCCUCCCACGGGCACAUGGAACAGCGCAAGCACAGGAGGGACCUCAGCAGGCAGCUGCAUGGGCUCCUGUCCUCAGCACAGCCCCGGGUGGGAGCUGGUGGCAGGGCCCGGGGACGGUUCCUGGAGCAGAGCGACCCUCGGGGAGGCUGGAAGCCACCGCAGCACCUCUCCUCCCGCCACAGCCCGCAGCCUUCCCGGCCCCAGCGUCGCAGGGCUCCGUGGGCCGCGCUGGGACGGCCCCGGGGCUGCUCCCCAACGUGCUCCCGGCAGGGCCGGAGAGCUGGGAGCAGUGCCCGAGCUGGGAAACUCUUCUGUAUCCAGAGCUUUUAUUCAAUAAAGAUUUCAGGCAGCUACA